UCAAUUCAUUUCAUUAAUGAAAAAAAAACAAAUUCGGAUGUAAUUACCGUUUUAGCCCUUCAGGAACCUCCGUCGAGCCGAUUCCGAUGACUCCGUCCGUGCCUCCCCGCCAGCUCCCGGUGAAACUGCUGGUAGCUCCGAUCCCGCCCCCCCCCCCUCCUCCUCCUUAACCUCACCUCGCGGCCCAGUCCGCCGCCUCCUCCUCCUCCGCCCUCAUUUCUCUUAGAUUCCCGCAUCUCUCGCCACGGAUCCCUCGAAGCAAUUGGUUCCCUCCUCCGGUCGUAGAAUUUUUGCCUGCAAAUCUUCUCCCAACCUCCUCGAACCAAGUUCAAGCUUCCCUAAUCUCAGCCAUCGGUCUCUGCAACUCAGGUUCUUUCUGCCUCUGCAGCCGCUGAGUAAGAGGAAAAGAUGGAAGAAGUGCCUCUGAUCGAUGAUCGAGGUGCAGUCGAGGGUGAAUGCAGUGGGAAACAAGGGGAGAGGGACGAUGCUGAAGCCCAAUUCGGUGUGGAAAACCGUUUGUCUGAAGUAAGGAAGGAGUUUGUCCCGCCUGCUAUCGGGAUGGAGUUUGAGUCCUAUGAUGAUGCUUAUAAUUACUACAGUUGCUAUGCCAAGGAAGUGGGAUUCCGUGUUCGAGUGAAGAACUCGUGGUUCAAGCGGAACAGCAGGGAAAAGUAUGGAGCAGUGCUCUGCUGCAGUAGCCAAGGAUUUAAGAGAAUUAAGGACGCAAAUCGUCUACGGAAGGAGACCCGAACUGGAUGCCCUGCGAUGAUAAGGAUGCGACUGGUAGACUCCAAGAGGUGGAGGAUUCUCGAAGUGAGUCUCGAACACAACCAUUUGCUUGGCACCAAGAGCUACAGGGCAAUCAAAAAGAUGGGCAAUGGGACCAAAAGGAAGUCUCAGUUGGGUAAUGCUGAUAAUGCUGAAGUACGGACUAUCAAGUUAUACCAGGCGCUCGUGAUAGAUUCGGCUGGCAAUGGGAACUUGAAUUCAAAUGCAAGAGAAGUCAGGAACUUUUCCGAUAAGAAUCAGCUGAACCUUCGGAAAGGAGACACACAGGCUAUCUAUAACUACUUCUGCAGGAUGCAGUUGACUAACCCCGGUUUCUUCUACUUGAUGGAUCUGAAUGAAGUUGGCCGAUUAAGGAAUGUGUUCUGGGCUGAUGCUCGGUGUAGGGCUUCAUGUGGCUACUUCAGUGAUGUUAUCUAUUUCGAUAAUUCAUACAUAUCAAGCAAAUUUGAGGUCCCACUUGUGGCAUUUGUUGGAUUAAACCACCAUGGGCAACCGGUCCUGCUGGGCUGUGGCUUGCUUGCAGGUGAGACAGUGGAGUCUUAUGAAUGGGUGUUCAAGUCAUGGCUUACUUGUAUGUCGGGACUGACUCCGCAGACUAUCAUCUCAGAUCGAUGUAAAGUUAUACAGAAUGCCAUAGCUGAGGUUUUUCCUAGAUCUGCCCAUCGUUUCAGUCUAUCACAUAUCAUGAGAAAAGUUCCUGAAAAGCUGGGAGGACUUCAAAACUAUGAUGCCAUCAGGAAGGCUUUGAUUAAAGUGGUAUAUGAAUCUCUGAAAGUGAUCGAGUUCGAGUCUGCCUGGGGGUUUAUGGUCCAGCAGUUUGGGGUCGGUGCCCAUGAAUGGCUUAGAGGGUUAUAUGAAGACCGAGUUAAAUGGGCUCCUGUGUACUUGAAAGACACAUUCUUUGCAGGGAUGUCUGCUGCUCGACCCGGUGAAGUACUGAGCCCAUUCUUUCAGAAAUACGUGCAUAAACAGACCCCUUUGAAGGAAUUUCUUGAUAAGUAUGAAUUAGCGUUGCAGAAGAGGCAUAAGGAAGAAGCCCUCACAGAUAUAGAGUCGAGGAACUCGAGGCCGGGAUUAAAGACUCGGUGUUUUUUUGAGCUGCAGCUCUCUAGGGUAUACACGAGGGACAUAUUUAAGAAGGUCCAGUUUGAGGUUGAGGAGAUGUACUCUUGUUUUAGCACGACACAGUUACACAUCGAUGGGCCGAUUGUCAUAUUCCUAGUGAAGGAGCGUGUCCCAGGGGAAGGAAAUCGGAGGGAGAUUAGGGACUACGAAGUCUUGUACAACAGAUCGGCCAGUGAGGUUUGUUGCAUCUGCAGCUGCUUCAAUUUCUACGGCUAUCUCUGCAGGCAUGCCCUAUGUGUGCUAAACUUUAACGGGGUUGAAGAAAUUCCUUCGAAGUACAUUCUCCCGAGAUGGAAGAAGGAUUACAAGCGUGUACAUAUUCCCGAACUGCGGUCGGGAGAUGCGAAUGUUGGUGAUCGAGCGCAACGGUUCAACCAGUUGUUUCGGAGUGCCCUGCAGAUUGUAGAGGAGGGGGUGAUCUCUCUUGAACAUUACAAGGCUGCUCUGCAAACCUUCGAGGAAUCACUCAAUAGGGUUCAUAAUGUUGAUGAUAGGCAGGAAUAGAUCGGACUAGGCCUUUUGUAGAUAUAUUCUUACUCAUCGUAACGCUAUUCCAAUUCAGUUGUUUCUUCCGUGAUUGUGGAUAUUUCUCAAUAAGAUACGCUACUCGGGUCA